GGGGGGCUCACCAUUUAUCCAAACACCACUCCCCCCUCCCUUGUCUUGCCUCGAAGCCGUGGACGGUGGAGUAGCUUGGAGAGUCUUGAGCGGAGCUCUUGGAGUCGAGACGGAAAAAGGUGAUUGGCAAAUUUCGGGAGCCAAACGGGAUGCCCCGGCGAAUCCCAACGUGUCAAAUCUCUUCUCUCAGUUCCCCACCGACACCGACGACGGGACGAUCGCUCCCGGGGUCUGGAGAGGGCUCUAGACCUUUUCCGGUCUUUGCACACUUUCCUGUUUUGUCAUGGACUCCUCAUGGGCGGUGGAGUCAGCAAUCAUGGAGACUGGGGACUUUGUGAGGAGCUCUAGCCCAAAGAGCAGGGAGCUCCUUGGUGCAAAAUUCUGCCAGAUGAAUAACCCAAGUCCACAUGGGAAAAAGAGGGUCUCACGGGUUAUCAGCGGCGGGAUUACUCUUAGCUUGAAUUUAGGAAGAGGGGGAAAAGAAGAGAUAUGGAGCACUUUAGGAAGCUCUGGAAGCUUUUUCUGCCAGGUCUGCUUGCUAGUGUAGAGAGAAGAGGGAGUCUCAUUAACCAAAUGGAUGAAGUCUCGUUCGAAUUCUCGAAGAAUGCGGAAGGAGAAUGGUGCUGUCAGAGUUUCUCCGCCUUGGAGAAAUUCAUCCAAGUGGUCGAAGAUGCCGGUAUUGCUCCACUUUUGAUCCCCCCAAAGCCCAGCCGUCUGGUUUGGCACUCAAGCACUUUGCGCGUCGAGACCGCGGUACCGCGUAAUCUUCGUCUCGGUGUCGUUUCGGUAAACUCGAGUCGUGGAGACACCUACUUUCUCUACAGCGUAUUCUUUUCCAGAAGAACCUUGGAAGAGGCGGGCAAAGUCGUCCGAAAGGGCAUCCUCAAGCGCAAACGCUGGCAAUCGUCACCCAAAAAGCUUGUGAAUUUCAGGGACGCAACGCGAACACCUGAAUCAGUUAUUCCCUGAACUGCAGCUUCGACGUCAACUAUGACUUCAGUCUUUUGACAUGAUGAACAAUUUUGAUCGUCCAUUUUCCCGUUCCAUCAUCCGGGACCCUUUCACACAACGAUGAAAUUUCUGUUCAAAUUUUUCAACACGCCCCCUCCUUCUCUCCUUCUCUUUGUCAAGAUAUCAAACGACCCUCAAUUUUGUCUCUUUUCCCGGCCGGCAAACGUGGGUUCUUUCCACAAAGUUGCCAAUCUCUGGCAAUAUACGGGAAGUAGUACACUAGAAUCAAGAUUCGAGCAUGUGGGGGUGUAUCCGCAGGAAAACUUCC